GUGUUGAAUUACAGAAGGAAGAAAACCGACAGGGUUUCUUUCGUUGUUUGUUUCUUUCCUUUUUGUUCUUUUAUUUUACGUUUUGCUUACGUGUUGUGUGAGUGGCUGAACGAAUGGGGAAGUUUUGUGCGCGCGUUAAUCCUUGAGCGAGAAGUGACUCCGACGUGCGACUACCGGCGACGCGACUCGGUGACGUAGUGAUUUCAGCGAAAGAGAUCUCUCUUUAAAAGUCACUCUCCCAACUGACCGCGCAGAAACUCUGGAAUAAAGCUCCCGCCGUGUGACCGCGCUGUACCCGUCUUUUGAUAGCACUACGAGGCCUUAAAGGUCAUCAGAAACGAGCACAAUGCAACUCACCCUACAGUUGUGCGUGUUCACCUUAUUAACGCUGUCCGCCACUCUCCUUCAGCUUUCUUCUGGUGCACCUGCCACCACCGAUGUCAGCGAAGGCGUUCAGAUCAGCAUCAAGCUUCCGGAAGGGGACGAAGUCGUGAAGACGGAUGUGCCUAAACGGUCCGCCAUUCCCGCGUGCCUACGACAGCAACCAGGAACCGUUGAAGAUGAAAAUGGACUGGUGGUUUCGGCUGACGCCUUCACAAAUUGCGCCAAAACAGAACUGACGAGGCUUCAGACUGAGAUCAACAAUCCCGACACUGACGAUUCUUCUGAAGAAGCUCCUGAAGAUGACGAUGCACCGCCAGUUAAGAAAGAGAAAGAAGCGGAUGUGCCAGAGGCCAAACCAGCCACCAAGGAAGAAGCACAUCCCGAAGAGAAGCCCCCGCAGAAGGAAACAGAAUCUGCACCCAAGCCUGAAUCUGCAGCCAAGCCUGAAUCUGCAGCCAAGCCUGAAUCUGCAGCCAAGCCUGAAUCCGCAGCAAAGCCCGGAUCCGCAGCCAAGCCAGUCUUUGCUCCGCCACCAAAGAUACCAGACCUGACCAGCAUCACGGACGCGUUCGCCGAAGUUAAGCCGAUCUCUCAGGAUCCCAGCGUGCUGGGAGAAAUUGUCAAGAUCCUGCAAGUCAUCUUCGACUUCAAGCGCGUCUUGAACGACAUGCAGCGCAUCCUGCACGGAGACCUCAAGGGUGUUCUUCGGGAGUACCCAGAGAGGGCACGAGGAUUCUUCAAGCUUGUCCACAACCUUCAUCACAGGUUCAAGGGUGCUGCGCACAAGGUCGAGGUUGUCCAGAGAUCCAGCAACAAGGAGAGCAAGUACUACGGUGUCCUGGACAGCCUGCACAAGUACCUGAGCGCCGCCGCCACCUCAUCCGAAGAUCUCCCCAACGCGGUGUCCCUGGUCAGCACCGUCGACGCCCUCCGCACCGUCGCCAUAGAACUGCAGCACCAGGCAUCGGCCGUCGCCGGCCGAUCCUCCGCCGCCGCCAUCGAAGAAGCGCCCAAGGCAUCCGACUCCGAAUCUUCGAGGGUCCUCAACGACAUCAAGAACGUGUUUCUCCUGAUCCCGGACACCUUCCGCUCUUACACGAGGCGUAGUAAGCUGAACGGCGGUCCUGGAAUCUUCAGCCCAUCUCCGCUGAGUCCCCUGAGCCCCUACAGUCCCCUCAACCCCCUCUCGCCCAUUGGCCCGUUCUCGGCGAUCGGUUCGCUGAAUCCCCUCAAUCCGGUUCCUCGGGUGUCGAGGAGGUACAACGAUCUCCGGACGAGCAGUCUUCGAGCUGUGGACAGCGUGUCCAAGACCCUUCUCGACCUGUUUUCGAACCGUGGUGGAGGAUCCAGGAGGUUGGCAGACACCAGACACGAAGAAUGAGCCAGAGACGUUGUGAAUGCGAAAGUAGUUUCCAACUAUUUGUGGAAGAAUGUGAGCUUUUACACCAGCAUGGGAUCAGGGAAGAAAUGAUCUCUAUUGAAGUAGGCGAGCCUGCAGUAGAAGCUUAUGAUGUAAAAAGAUCUUGCUGUCCAAGAAAACUGUUUUCGGGCCGUUUGAUCUCCUCCUACUUAUGCUUGAUGCUCCUCAAAGCAUUUUGAGCUAGGAUGUCAAAAAUUAUUAUUUGGAAGUUAGUUAAAUUUCCGCUAUCUGUGGGCUCACAUCGCUAGCCCUGUAAAAACAAAUUUGUGAAAAAAAAAAAAAAAACGACAACACCGCAAAACGUGUUUUGAGGAAUCGUAAAUCUGCCCGAAAUAAUAUUUUUAUGCCCUUCGAGCCUGGUGCAGAAUUUCGUCCACUUGAUAUUGUUUCAUUCUUGCUCAUUCUGUUCCAAAGAAGAAAUGUUAUUUAUUUUACCCCCAACUUUUAGCGUCUAUCACGUGUGAUUGUUUGUAGAACAAUAAAGGUUUUCUGACGCGAAUAAUUAUCAAUUUAAUCAAA